ACACGUUUCCGAGUUUGACAUAAAAUUGACAGACUGAGGUUAUUGAACUCUUAGUCCAAUUUUCAGAGAAAGUUAUUUAUUUUUGUGCAUUAUUAAUUUUGUUGUUGUAAAUGCAACGUUUUGAAGGUCAGUGGUACAUUAAAUUUAGUUGAGUGCGAAAAUGUCUUCAAGUGCAACUUUAAUUUCACAAGAAGUAGAAGACUACAACGAAUCCGAAAAUACCGAUGAUUUGGAACAAACUUUAGUGUUAGCGGCUCAAGAUGCGGAUGCAAGAAGUAACGAGCUUCAGACGGAUAACAGUAAUUACAGAGAAGAGACCGAGGAAGAAGUUACACGAUCAGAACAACCCCAAUAUGAGGAAUCAACAAGUAGUCGUUACAAAGCAAAAAGAAAACGUGAGAUUGAAGAACCUACAGAAAAACGCUUGAAAACGAAUGAGGGACAAGCUGUUAGUAAAACGAGUGAAGGGUAUGCCAAGGUAGUUGCAACUCAUUACAAUCUCUUGGAGGAAAAAGGUUUAGAUGAAAGGUCCAAAUCGCGUAUAGUUUACAUGAGAAAUUUUCAUAAUUGGAUCAAAAGUAUGUUAAUUAACGAAUAUUUAACAAAAAUCAAAGACGGGAAGAAGCACAACGCGCCAGUUCGCGUGUUGGACAUGUGUUGCGGCAAAGGGGGCGACCUCCUCAAGUGGAGAAAAGGGAAUAUCACACACUUAAUUUGCAGCGAUAUUGCCUCCGUCUCUUUGGACCAAUGUAGAUCACGCUACAACGACAUGAAAGAGCGAAGUAGUCGCGAAAGAAACGGGGGAAAUAUUUACUCCAUUGAGUACAUAGCUGGCGACUGCUCUCGAGUCAGAUUGCGUGAGAAAUACACCGACCCUUCAAUGAAACUCGAUCUUGUUAGUUGCCAAUUCGCUUUUCAUUAUAGUUUCGAGAGUUUACCCCAAGCUGAAUGCAUGAUACGCAAUGCCUCUGAGUGUCUUCAGCCUGGGGGGUUUUUCAUUGGGACAAUACCAGACGCUAAUGAUCUCAUCGCGAGGGCACGACGAGCAGAUUCGGAUACCUUCGGCAAUGACGUGUAUCAAGUGCAUUUUGACUGUGAUGUAAAUAAACCACCGCUCUUUGGUGCUAAAUACAAUUUUCAUCUGGAUGGUGUGGUGGAUUGUCCAGAGUUUUUGGUUCAUUUUCCUACUUUAAUCAAACUAGCCAGAAAGUAUGGGUUGAAAUUUAUGAAGAAGGAAAAGUUUUACGAUUAUUACGAACAAAUGAAAAAUGAAGGAAAGCAGCUACUUAUUAACAUGAAAAGUCUUGAAACCUAUCCUCCUUAUGACAAUACUCCACUCUUGGGAACUGAUCCUGAGGAUUAUAGCCAUGCAGAGGAAUUUUUGAAGAAGGAAAACAAAAGUGGAAAAAUCGGAACUUUGUCCAAGUCAGAGUGGGAAGCUUCUUCUUUGUAUAUGCUGUUUGUCUUUGAAAAAGUGAAGAAUACAUGGAAUACGGAUGGCACACCUAUUUACGAUAUAUAAGUAGUAAACCGAAUGUACAAGAAGACAAAUAUUUAUUGAAAUAAUAAAACAACUGGUGACACAAAUGUGAUGUUGUUUUAUUACUAACAAAAAAUAAAAUCGGUGUUAUAAAAA